AUGCAGCCUCAAUAUCGCGCCUAUGCGCAGCAGGUUGCCCAACGGUCACCUCAUGCGACGAACCAACGUCGAGGUGGAAUUGGCCCUAUGAUGUCCUCUGGGCCUCACCCCUCCGUUCCCCUCACUCAGGCACAGAUUGCCCAACAACAACAGGCCCAGGCCCAGGCCAGUGAGCUUGCCAAGCGACGUAGUCGAAAGCCUACCGAUAAAAAUAUUCCCGAAGGAGUAGAGGAUAGCAUUGUUGAUGUAGAUGGCGUUCAACGAUACAAAGACUUACGAGAUGUCGAACGACGGCUUGAUGCAACUAUCACGCGAAAGCGUCUGGACAUUGUUGAUUACACGAGUCGUGGAUCCAAGAGAUACAAAACAUUGCGAAUUUGGAUCAGCAACACGGUCGAAGAUCAGAUCUGGCAAAGCAACGGACUGAACUCCGACUCAUUCGACUUCACCCCCAGUAUGGAGGCCUCUUAUCGAGUUAAAAUUGAAGGCCGUCUACUCGACAACGAGGACGAGGAAACUGAGCAGUCUACGACCCAUGACGCCGUGAACGAGGAAGGAAAAGACUCAAAUGAUUCGGCUUCUAAGCAAAAAUCAGCAGAGAAGCCUCGGUUCUCGCACUUUUUCAAGUCCCUGACUGUCGACUUCGACCGAUCCCGUUUCCGAACUGGCAACGAACACACAGUCGAGUGGAAAAAGCCCGACGCUUCCGCCCGAAACCAGCCCGCUGCCAGUCUCCCUGCUGCAGCAGACUUCGAUGAACUCACCUUCAAAAGAAAUGGAGACGAAAACCAGAACAUCACCAUCAACCUGUUCCGCCAGGAAUCCCCCGAGAGAUAUCAGUUGAGCCCUGAGCUUGCCGAUGUCGUGGACAUGAAAGAUGCUACCCAUCAAGAGGCGGUCAUGGGUCUCUGGGAGUAUAUCAAGUUACUUGGGCUACAAGAAGACGAGGAAAAGCGUAAUUUUCGCUGCAACGAGCCUCUGAAGAAGGUUAUCAGACAAGGCGACAUCGGGCACAUCCCUCUGCUCAAUGAUUACGUGCAACAGCACCUUCGUCCUCUCGAACCCACUCGCCUGCAGUACACCAUCCGAGUUGACCAGGAAUUCCACAAGGACCCACAGCCUACGAUUUAUGAUGUCCAGGUCCCCGUGGAAGAUCCCCUACGUGAUUCCCUACUGCCUUUGCUCAACAACCCGCAGUAUAUCGCAAUGCUCAAGGAGGUAACAGGGCUUGACGACCAACUUGCUCGCGUAGUUCAAGCCAUCGCUGUAUCAAAGGCCAAGCAUUCCUUCUUCGAAUCUCUCAGCAAGGAUCCGGCCAACUUUAUCAAACACUGGUUGAGUUCGCAAAAGCGAGACCUCGAAGUAAUCAUGGGAGAAGCGCCAAGGGGAGGUGGAGAGCACGCAUCUGGUGAUGAAUGGCGCCGCGGUGGAAAGGACAGUGUCUGGGCCACCGAAAACGCUCGCGAGAGCGUCAACGUCUUGCUCUCCAAGCAGCGUUGA